UGCUUUGGCGAUUCAAAUAAUACUUCCUAUCUGUCGGUUCAUUAUAGCCGAUCUAUGGCCGCAGCAGACGAUUUAUGUCAGGAGGCGGUGACCGACGUGUGACUCUGCUCCGUUGGAUCUGAGACUUCACGUGAUUUGUCAACUAAUCCUGCCUGUCAUUUUCCUGCUCUGCUUUGCAGUAUAUUAUUUUAGACAAGGAGCAGAUCACACACUUCAGCAAGAAUGACAUUACUCAUCACAAGAAGCCUCAUUUUGAUUACGUUAUCAGCUGUUUUGGCAGCAACAUCUUCAUCUGAUCACAGCCAUCUUCAUGAAGAUUCUGUGAGGAGCCAACAUCACGAAAUGGUAAUGGAUCAACCUCAUAAAAUGGAGCAUGAUCAUAAGAAGGAUGACAUGGACAUGGACAUGGAUAUGGACCACGGAAAUAAGAGUAUGCAUAUGCAUAUGGAAAUGUAUUUCCAUUUUGGAGUGACAGAAUAUGUACUCUUCAAAGGCUGGAAAAUAACAACUGUUGGAGGCAUGAUAGCAUCUGUGAUAGGUAUAUUUUUGAUGGGUAUGUUAUAUGAAGGAUUGAAAUAUUUUAGAGAAUACCUGUUCAAGCAGUAUGUAUCCAACAUCCAGUUUUCUACAGUUGCUAUUACAGGUGAAAGUGGACGUGUUACUCAAGUACACAAAGUAGAAAGGCAUCGAAUGCUUAGCUGGCCACAUGCCAUACAGACUUCUCUGCAUAUUGUCCAAAUAGUUGUGAGUUAUUUCUUGAUGCUUAUAUUUAUGACUUACAAUGUUUGGUUAUGCUUGGCAGUAGUACUUGGAGCAGGCGUUGGCUACUUUGUGUUUGGUUGGAAGAAGGCUUCAGUUGUAGAUAUAACGGAACAUUGCCACUAAUGAAGGAUAUUUUAUUGACUAGGUUAAUUUGACGCCAAGAAAUAUUUUAAAAAUUUUUAUACUAACAUGACUUGAAUCUAAUGAAUAAAAGAUUAGGUACAAAAAGAGUUAUAAACUUAAAACAUCUUCUGUGACUCUGCCAAAGGAAGCUAGUUCCUAAUAUGAAAAUGAAAGAAAAGCAAGUUAUGUUUUAGAACUUAAAAGAUUGAUUUGUAUAGCAAAUCUUGGAUGUCCCAGAAACCUGAAAGUCUGUGGUUUGUUUGUGCUGCUAUGUCCAAACUAAUUUAUAAGGAAAUCACCUAAUCAAAUUUGGUUACUGAUGCCCCAAACGCUAAAAUUGAAGUACAAACUAUUUAACACUUCAUAUGAAGAGAAAAUUUUGAUCUUGCAUUCAAUUUUAUUAAUUAACAUCUUACAUUCAUAGCAGAAUGAAUAUGUAAAAUUUUGAAGCAAGAUACAUGUUAUUUUUCUGUUGUAACUUUUAAGAGAAAACAAUCAAGAAGUGCAACUAUCCGGAUUGCUAUUCAUUUUUUUCUAAACUAAAUAAAAUUAAGCUUAUUAUUCAUUUUCUAAGCUUUUAAUGUUUCUACAGAUUUAAUUAAUAUAAUAAAAUGUAGAAUUGAUUUUUUAAAAAGCUAAUAAUUUAGUUUAGAUUAAAUAAAAAAAAUUCUCUGUAUUGCAUAAUACCGCAGGUAUGCAUUUUGCCAACAUAAAAAUAUAACCUAAUUAUCUGAAUUUUUUCAAUAUCCGGAUUGUUGUUGCCUCAGUUCAGAAAAUUAAAGUUCUACUAUAAGUCUCUAUGAGUGUAAACUGAUGAAAAUAUAAUUUUUAAGUUUAUAAUAAUGUAUGUAAAUAUUUUAGCAUAAUAUAUCUGUGUAUGAAAACAUUGCUGUAAAUGAAACAUAAAGUACAUUAAUUCCUUGAAUAAUCUUUUCCUCCUCGGCCUUAAAUCCAAAAUAUUAUAUAAUAUUGUCUUAUUAUAUAACACUUUAGUUUGAUGCCAUUAAACAUUUUCGACAUUUAAAGAAAGCAUGCACAAAACUGAUAUAAUAAGAGCAUACAGUAAUUGCCAAAGAAAGAACUUUUAAGAAUAUUUUUCUUUGAGUGAUGAAAAGAUAAAGAAACGUUACAUAUCAAUUUUCCUGUUAUAUAAGUAUGCAAAUUUUAUAAUACAAUCUGAUAUCUAUCACAGAAAGUAGAAUUCCAAUUUGCAUCCGCAUCCUUAUAAGUGAUGAAAAGGGUUUUUAAAUUUCUUCCUAGAUUUCUAACAUUUAAUUGUAUGUGCUUUAAUAAGCAACAUUACUUUUAAAAAAAACUUCUGUAUUGUCAGUUAAAUACUUAUCUAGUCUUAUGAAUAAUACUGUUAAAAGAAUAAACCAAAGACAAUCUGUGCAUAAGAUAAUAGUACUUACUAGCCAAUGUAUGCAUGAUUUUUUUAUACACAAAGAUGGACUUAUUGUAUGUGGCUCUACAUAAAACUAUGUAUAUAUAUGAAUGUAUAAAAUAUUUGUACAUUUUUAGUAUAAUCAUGUUAAAAAAUCAAUGUACAUAUAUUUUCGAAUAAAGAUGAUAUUAAUUUAUUUUGCUGAUUGAAACAAUGCUGAAGCAUAAUGCAGAUACAAUGAAAUGGGAACAGCAGCCCAAAGAACAUAAAAAUUACUUUUGAAGAAAAUACUUCUGAAAUAUGUUAAGAAGUUUUCUCUCGAAUUAUUCUGGCAAUUUAUACUUUUACUAGAGUAAGCAUCCAAAACUCCUAUUACCAGAAUUUAUUCUCUUACCAAAAUCUUAUAUAAUGGUUGCCAACUUUAAUGUAUGAAAAAUUGAGAUGCAUCUUUGAGAGGAUUUCAAAUAAAUUAAACUUGACACAUGAUUCAGAUUAAAACAUUAGUUUUAACAUAAGAACUUGAUAAAUAUUCUAUUCAUUGUUCCAUAUUUUAUUUAUUGAUUGAUUAUUUCACUUAAUUUUGCAUAUCAAUUUUAUACAGAUAAAAAUUCAGAUAUGAAAGUAAAGCUAUUUAUCAAAGUCUUCUCAAACAAAAUAAAAAAAUAAACCAUUAAUAUGCAUAAAACUUAGUAAACAGAAGCAUACCAGUUAAGGCAAAAGUAAAUGCUAAGAUUUUUUACAAAUAUUAAGUUUUCAAAAAAUGCUUUACAGUGGAUUAAAACAGACUGAAUACAGAUUAAUAGGAAAGAUUACACUAGAAAGCACUCAAGGGGAAAAUUUGCACAAUUUCAUCUUUUGUUAAGAAAUAAUCAUUUAAUAGCUUGUUACCAAAAUGUUCUUCAGAGUUUCCUUCUCCAUAUUCAUUUCCUUCUCCACUAAAAUGACAUUUAGUGAUCAAUAAUUCAUUUGAAUUUUAAUCGUUCAGACAUUGUCCAAUUUGAAUAAGGAUUCAUUUUAAAAGAGAUGAUGAUGAAAAAAAAAAAAAAAA